GCGAGCUUGCUGGCCCUGCUUGGUCUCACCAGCAUGCAAGCUGCUGUCAUGGCUCAACCUCCGGCCGCCUAUGGUCCUACCCCCGUCCGUCGCAAACCCGUAGGCGCUCCUGGCAUCGCUCUGCGUACUUCACAAAUCUCCUUGGAUGCCCAGAUGGGUCACUCCAGAACACGAACCACCAGCUCCAGCGUCUUCCCUCCCGCUGCCUCGUCCCCCACCGCUGCCACCAUGAAUCAGCAAUACCCCCCGCAGAUGUACCAGGGCUCGCUGCGCCGCACCCCGACCUCUAGCACCAGCUCGACCAACGGUACCCCCAAUCGCUCCAACAGUGGCGCUCUCCGUCGCUCCUCCUCCACCCACUCCGGCAGCUCACCUUCAUCCUACGUCGCCCUGAUGCGGAAGCAAAAGGCCACAGUCUGGUGUGACCGCGCACAAUACGAAGACCCCAGGAUGAUAGCCCAGCAGCGGCAGGCCAAGAUGCGUGCUACCAUGGAGGUCGUGGGCGGUCCUCACAAUACCCCGAUGCGUAAUUCGUCGGGCAGCUCGAGCGUCGCCGCUGGAGUCAGAUCCAAAGUGCGUCAUCAUGGCGUGCCCAAGGCUUCGCUCUAUGCUCCAGUCGCUACUACGGGCUCUGGCGUGCCUAUGCGCCUCAGUGCCUCCGAGGUGGAUGAAGGAGACAGCGAAGACAAUGGCUCCACGGGCGGAGGCAACGGGCCAUAUCAUCAUCGGACAGGUUCCGGCCGUAGUUCCGUCGGUUCCGGGCGCCGUAUGUCAUAUGCUGUCGGUGGUCGCCACUCGUCAGGUUCAACACCACCAAACGGACAAAACUCGCCCGAAAUGGGAGAUCUGAUCGAGGAGGAAACCCCCAUUUCUACACAACAGCAACCCGAAUACUUUGCUACCAAGACCGGUCUCUCAACUGGUAGUGGCAGUAGCGGAGAACGUAAUUUUGGGGAGGCCGGGCAGAUGCCUUUAGCACUACCGAAGCCAGCUUUCCAAGACAAGAGCGACUUACACCGACGGGGAAGCGUAGAUGAGCGCACUACAACCAUGAGCAAUACCCGAUUGUUCAUCGCCAACCCAGAUUUGAGCGAUUAG